ACUUUUCUACACCUACACUUCCCUUCAAUUAUUUUUAAGUUCGAUGUAUUGUAAGUUCUAAAAUUACCGAAAUUGUGCUGACAAAUGAGCCAGUGAAGAAUUCGUGGGAAUUGUAUCAAUAAAACUUGCAUUCAAUGACUUCCUAAACUGCAUGUAGGCGUACUCGUAAAGUACCUGAAUUCUACAAUUUUUUAUGAUCUCAAGAGUUGUAUUCCAUUCUAAAAAUGAAAUUCGACGCAAAAAUACCUUUUCUUCUUUUUAUUUUCCUUGCAGCAUUCGUGCCUGUACACUCCAACACAAAAAAAGGUGGUCUUGCAGAAGUCAGGGAUGCCAAGGAGUUCAAGAAACUACUGCGAACAAAAACAAACGUACUCGUCUACUUUUCCAAUAAUGUCAAAGAGUCUAACUCCAUUACCAGUAUGCUCAAAGAAGUUGCUGGAACUGUCAAGGGACUAGGAACAAUCAUUUUUGUAGAUUGCACAGGGGAAGCUAAAAAACUGUGCAAAAAGUUGAAGGUUUCAACGACAGAGACCUACGUAUUAAAGCAUUACAAAGACGGAGACUUUCAUAAAGACUAUGACAGAAAAAUCAGUGUAGCAUCCUUAGUCAAUUUCAUGCGAGAUCCAACGGGUGACCUGCCAUGGGAGGAAGAUGAUAGUGCAGCAGAUGUCGUUCAUUUACCGAAUCUCAAUAGUCUAAAUAAAUUGCUGAAAUCUGAAACUAAACCGAUACUUGUAAUGUUCUACGCUCCAUGGUGCGGAUUUUGCAAACAAUUAAAACCUGAAUAUGCCAAAGCUGCUGCUGAAACUAAAGGAAAAUAUGUUCUUGCAGCUGUUGAUGUAAAUCGUCCUGAAAACAGCCUCAUCCGACGGAAGUUCAACAUAACAGGGUUCCCCACAACAUUAUACUUUGAAAAUGCCCAGCUUAAAUAUGUAUAUGAAGGUGGAAAUAAAAAAGAAGCCAUACUGGAAUUCCUGAAAAAUCCUGGUGAGGCCCCCAAAAAAGCUGAAGAGCCGAAAUGGUCCGACUCAAAAAGUGAUGUUGUUCAUCUUAAAUCAAGUGAUUUUGAUGAAUUCAUCAAGAGCCACGAGUCUGUUCUAGUGAUGUUCUACGCUCCAUGGUGUGGUCACUGCAAGAAAAUGAAGCCUGAUUUCGAACAGGCUGCCAGUGAAAUGAAAACAAAAAAGAUAAAAGGAGUUUUAGCAGCUGUUGAUACAACGGAAGAAACUGAACUUGGAAAACGUUUUGAUAUUAAAGGAUUUCCAACAAUCAAGUACUUCAAAAAUGGAUCUUUUGCAUUUGAUGCUGGCCAUGCCAGAGAGGUGACUAAAAUAAUCACAUUCAUGGAAAAUCCAACAGAACCCCCUCCACCUCCACCACCUGAGAAGCCAUGGGCAGAAGAAGAAUCUGAAGUUGUUCAUCUCGAAAAAUCUAACUUCAAGGAGGUUUUGAAGAAAAAGAAACAUGUUUUAGUAGCAUUUUAUGCUCCUUGGUGUGGCUAUUGUAAAAAAAUGAAGCCUGACUUUAUGGCUGCUGCUGCAGAGUUUAAAGACGAUUCCAGAAUUGUUUUUGCAGCAGUUGAUUGUACUACAAAUAAUGAUCUGUGUCAGCAACAUGAAGUUAAGGGUUAUCCAACAUUCAUGUAUUUCCACUAUUUAAACAAAAAAAGUAAAAAGUAUACAAGUGGAACAACGAAAGAGAAUUUUGUAAGUUUUAUGAGAGCGUUGGAGCCUCCAGAAGACCCAGCUUUAGAACCAGGACCCAAUCAGUCUGAAGCAAAUCUCAGUAAGAAUAUAGUAAGGUUAAGUGAUCAAAACUUCACAAGUAUGAUUAAUAACUAUCCCAACAUGAUAGCAUAUUUCUAUAAACCAGUUUGCCGGAGCUGUGUAGAAAUGCAUAAAGUUUUCUCCCAACUUGCAGAGACGAUUGACUCUUCCUCUGUGACUUUGGUGGCCGUGGACACAACUUUGUCGCCCAAACUAGCAAAAAAAUUUGUAGGAACUGAAGAUUUACCUUCGCUUAAAUUCAUUAAAAACGGAAAUUUUGUUGCUAAUUAUGUGGGGAAUCAAUCGCCUAGUGACAUAGAAAAAUUCAUCAAAUCUCAAAUGAGUAUGCGUUUGCCGAAGGAAGAGUUAUAGUGAAAUAUUUUAAUGUACCUUUUUUAAAAAACUUUGUUGAAAUUUUUGUAAAUUUUGUUUUUUUAUUUUUUUAAUCAGAAUUUGCACAGUUUUGACAUGUUCUAAUUCUGCGAUGAAUAGCCGGUUGGUCAAUUGUCUGAUUGAAGUUUGCUUUUACUUUUAAUUGGAUCUGGAGCUUCUAUUUUCAGAUGUGUUAUGCAGAUCAAAUGUUUUGGUGAACACACAUUUGUUUGUACGUCUACAAGUUGUUUAAUUGACGCAAAGAACACAGAGAAAGUGCAGUCUCCUUCUAUAAAUUCCAAUGAGAAUCCUGCCCGUUUCCAUUCUCAAGCUAAUGAGUACAGGAGCUUUUUAUUGUUGCUCUUAUAAUAUCUGCCAUACGAGACUCUCAGUUUUACUGGAGUCCACUGUAUCAAAGACAAAUUCUGAAAUUAACCAUAAUGUGAUAAAGUCAAAAUAUCUUACUUUUCUUUAAAAAAAAUUUCUAUCAUUGUGAUCAAAUCGCUUGCCUGUUUUUUUUAUAAAAGAAUUUGAUGACGGUCUAUGCUGCAUGGUCAUCAUCAACCAACAUCAAAAUCAACUUCAGUGUCACAUUACAGGGUGAUCCAAAAGUUAGGCUUCACUCCGGCAACCCCUAAGUUUCUUGCCCCUUUUCAAGAUAAUCCCCUCAGAACUUUUAGGGAGUACCAAAGUAGUUUCCUUUGAUUUAACAGCACUCAAAAAUAUCAAGUCUCUAUCGUACUUUGUGCAAAAGUUACAGGGUGCGUGGGGUACAUGGUGCUGGCGGUGCGUGACUUAUGGAUCAACCUGCCUAUCUCAGUCAUUUGUAGUAUACUUCAUUAUUAUGACUCCUAUUGCAUUAUAGUUUUUUAUUUUUUUUUUGCUCCAAGUGCUUAGUUGUCUAUUAGUUACUUUUUAAAUACUCAAUGUACUUACUUUAAGGAAAAAGACCCUUGACUUUCUAAAAAUAAAAAUUAAGAUGGUCUGAAGGGAAGAUCAUUUCUCCAACUAAAAAACUCCAAAAUAUCAAGCGAAUUAACAUUUUUACAAUUUUUGAAAACUUUGAAAAAUACAGUCAAAGUUUUGACUACUGGUUGUUAGCUAACUUUCAUCUCUUGACUUUACAGGCCUUUUACUACCAUUCAUAGGUCCAACUUUAAAUUAAACCCUUACAUAGAUACUUCAGUGAGAAUAAAACGUUGCUUUCCAUCGCAAAGGGAAUUGCAAUAAUUUCGGCUUCUUCAUCUGCCCUGAAUUAUUAUGUCAUUAAACUUGAAAACCUUUUUCUGUCAAUCAGUCACACUCAUAAAUUCUCAAAUUCUCUCUUUGUUAUUGCUGUCAAAAUUAAGUUGAGUUCAUCAUAGACUUGAUGUAAUGAGUCAAACUGAAAUAAUGUAAGAAUAUGAAUGUAAUGUAGCUAAGUCUCAGUUUUUUCAAGGAGAAGUCAGAUUUCAACCAGUAACACGAACCAUCCAGCUCUAUCGUGCUUAAUUCUUGUACGGUUACUCACCAAGCCAAAUUGAGCUAGUGUCGGUACAUUUUUUCUCACAUUGUUUACUUAACCAAGAUAUUAAAUUUUCUAUUGGUAUUGAGUGUAAAUUGUGAAACUGUAACAUUUGUCAUCAGAAAGCCAAAUCAAUAAUGAAAAAAAAUACAUUCCUUCAAAGAUUCUGAAUACCUUAUAAGUUUGGCAGCAACAGCAGUUACUCAGCAUUAUUGUGUCCCAGAAUAGAAUGUUCCAAACAUUUUCCAGAGUUAUGAAUACUGAGUUCGAUUCUGUUAGAAUAGUUUCCUUAUUCUGAUUUUGUUUGUCUGCCUUUUUGCUUUUCCCACCUAACAUACCAACAGUGUCCCCACCUUAGGGUGGAUUAUUAAAGAGUUCUUUUGGAUUUGGACAUCAGAUAAGUGUUGAUAAGUGUCGAAUAAAAUGUGCUGAAGCAUUUUUCAUGUUUGAAAAUAAUUGUGAUCGAAGAAGCAACUACAUAGUCCAAGUUAAAACUCAGUCAGGUGGAAGUGCUUUUAUCGGGCACAUAUCGUUCGAAUUACUUUAAUGCGCAGGUAAUUGAAGGCAUCACUUGUAAAAUUAUCUGUGUGAAAAAGAAAUCUGAGUUUUUUACGUUGAUACAAUGAUGCAUAACAUUUUUUACCUCAUCUGAUGUUCCAACUUGAACGAAUGUGUUUAUUGAUUCACCACACCCAUCUACCUCUCUUUUUCAUUCAUUCAUAGGAACUAUCAAAACUUUUAACUUGCAUUCUCAACCACCUCAAUUUCAUCUGCUCUAAAAGAUGGACUACUUAUUGUUCGAGUAAGUUUUCCCCCUUUUUUCUCGUGAUAGAUAUCCCGUUGUUCUAUUAUCAAUGAUUUAAUAAGUGAAUGCAUUUUUAGGACUUAGAUGUCCAUCUUUGAUUUCUAAGUAUGAGCUAAUUUUUGUUCAGCAAAAUUAGGAAUCUCCAGUAGAAUUUUCUAUAAUAUAAGAGAAAAUGUUUGAAUUUUGCACGAACCUUUGCAUUUAUUUUAAUUUUUGUUUUACCUCUUAGUGUUGAUUGUAUUUAAAUGGCCGUUUCAUUGUUUUCUCAUUCUUUGUCUGUAAACAAAUUUUAAUGCUAGUAUUUUGACUAGAUUUGGCAUCCGACUGUGAGCUCUCCAGAAAAUUAAGUAUGUAUAUGAUGUUUGAACAACUUAUCUGAAGAGGAGCAAGCACCUUAGAAAUAUGGCCCUCCUCAAAAAUCUUUCUUUUCUCCUUAAAUGAGCUGUCAGGAUCAGAUUCUAAUCUUUGUUGUAAGCUCACUUGUGAUAUUUUUCAUUGAAUCAAUGCAGAUAGGUAUAGUUUUUCAUAUUUUGUUCCGGUUUAUAACAUAAAAUGUCAAUUUUUAUAAUGUUUCCUACUUUUUUAUGGAACCACAAAAACGUGUACCUACUUACUUUUACAUUUCAAGAAUUGAAGUCAGGUAACAAUAAAACAGCUAUAUUUAUCUUUA